CUUGCGGGGGUUUUUUUCCUUUUUUUUUAUUUUUAUUAACUAUUUCAUAUUGACAUUCCUUUGGAUUAGUUAAAUACUUCCCCCACCCACAAUCUCCUCCGCGCCGCUGCUAAGAGAACGGAUUUUCCCAAGGCUUAAUUCAUGCUGGGCGCUGGGGGCCGCGGGCAUUGGGGACGGGGUGAAUGGGAUGGAGUGGAAUAGAAUAAAAAAACACGAGGUUCUUGAAUAGAUAGAUAACUACAUAGAGGUGCGCACAUAAUAAUGAUGGAAGUUGGCUGUAUGCGUAGGGAUAGGAUAGCGGCGGGGGUUGCCUGUAGUAGCAUUCGAGGAGGAUAUUUAAAUACACAAGGAUAAGGUAUUAUUAUAUAAAUAUUUAUGGUAACUAGCGGGUUCUGGAAGGAAUGGCGGGAGGGGAGAAGGAACAUUACAUCAACGUGGAAGCAGUGGAAGCAGCCGACGAUGUAUGAAAAAUAUAUAGAGAUAUAUAUAUAUAUAUUGUGUAACUACGCUGUAUGUAUAGUAAAUAUUUAACUGUUUGAUGUUUCUCCACAUGACUUCGUUAAACCUUCUUCAAAGGCUUCAAAGCACAUCAGAGUCACCACUAGUUAUUUAUCCACGAUUUCUGGUCUAUUUAGCCAACAACCACCACAGAUAUUCAGACAGACAGACAGACAGACAGACAAGACACCACUUUCCGCGCCCUCUUCGCUGCCUCUUAAAUAUCAACAACAACAACCUCCACCACAACCAUUUCCCACGGAAUAGCACCCAUUGCUGCUCUGUAACGCCUUCAUCCGCCUCUCCUGGCCCCAAUUCUAUGACCCUGCGUCCGCAUUCUCCCUUCCCCGAAGCUCAUAGCUGCCUGUCGUGCCCUUGCCUGCCUGCUUGCUAGUCUGCUCCGUGCAGGGCUGGCGCUGAAAUCUCUUCACUGCGUCUAAAAUCGAUUCAUCUUCCGCCUUCCGCCUCCGUUUCCUUCUGGGCCCCCUCUACCAACUCCACCCUCCAUUUGCUCCUCUUCUUCUCUGCUCCCGCUGUCUAUUAUUUUUUUCUCUGGUUCCUGCUGCUGCUGGGACUGGAAAAUAAUACUAUACUCAACCUCAUUAAGUUGCGUUGCACAUCUGUCUCCUCCAGCCGUCCCCUCAUAUAUCACCACCAAGUGACUUACCUCCACCUAACCCACCACUUCAACCUCUCGCUCACUCACUCCCCCCCCCCCCCCCCCUCCGGGGCGAACUACCGUAACGCUCCCUUUCUCCCUUCUCGACCGUAUAUGCCCGUACUAGCGACUGCUAUUCUUCCCUCAUAAACCGUCUCCGACACAUCUUCGUUUUCAUUCAAUCAUGGGACAGACUUUGUCGGAGCCUGUGGUAGAGAAAAUAUCAGAUGAAGGCCAAGAUGAAUGCGUACUCUACGGAGUAUCUGCGAUGCAGGGGUGGAGAAUAAGUAUGGAGGACGCACACGCCGCAGUCCUGGACCUGCAAGCCAAAUACCUAGACAAGGCGCACCGUCCAACCCACCCCGACAAACGCUUAUCUUUUUUCGGUGUCUACGACGGUCACGGCGGUGAAAAGGUCGCCCUGUUUGCAGGAGAUAAUGUCCACCGCAUCGUUACGCUACAAGACUCUUUUGCAGAGGGGGAUAUUGAGCAGGCUUUGAAGGAUGGCUUUUUGGCAACUGAUCGGGCUAUUUUGGAAGAUCCUAAAUAUGAGGAAGAAGUCUCGGGCUGCACAGCUUCUGUUGCAGUCAUUUCUAAGGAUAAGAUCAGAGUAGCGAAUGCUGGAGACUCGAGAUCUGUACUAGGAGUCAAGGGGAGGGCGAAACCGCUAUCGUUCGAUCACAAGCCACAAAACGAAGGUGAAAAGGCCCGAAUAAGUGCUGCUGGCGGCUUCGUUGAUUACGGCAGAGUCAAUGGCAACCUCGCACUGUCCCGUGCACUUGGUGAUUUCGAGUUUAAGAAGAGUGCAGAUCUCGCGCCAGAACAACAGAUUGUUACUGCUUAUCCUGACGUAACUACACAUGAGAUUACAGAGGAUGAUGAGUUCCUUGUGAUUGCUUGUGACGGUAUCUGGGAUUGCCAGUCCUCACAGGCGGUGAUUGAAUUUGUUAGACGGGGUAUUGCUGCGAAGCAGGAGCUAUAUCGGAUUUGUGAAAACAUGAUGGAUAAUUGCUUGGCUUCUAAUAGCGAAACGGGAGGCGUCGGGUGCGAUAACAUGACUAUGGUCAUCAUUGGGCUGCUCCAUGGAAAGUCUAAGGAGGAGUGGUACAAAACUAUUGCAGACCGGGUUGCAAAUGGUGACGGGCCAUGCGCACCACCUGAAUAUGCGGAAUUCCGUGGCCCUGGCGUCCGCCGUCAAGGAGACGAAGGCCUCGAUGACUACGAGCCCGAUCUCGACACGCGACUCAGAGGAGGGAGAUCGGGUAGAAUCAUCUUGCUAGGCGAUGGCACCGAAGUGCUGACUGACAUGGGCGACGACGAGGAUAUGUUCGAUCAUACCGAGGAGGAUAAGGAUCUUGAGAGCCAGGUGCGCAAAGGCGGCGCGGGAGCUGGAACAGCGGAUAGUGCAGAGGAUACCGCUAGGAGCGAGCGAGGAGGUACACCGGGUCCCCUACAACAGCAAGGGCAGCAACAGCAACAAUCGAAUCGCCAAGGUACCCCUAACGCGCAGUCUGAAUCGCCUGGUGUAAUCUCUGCGUCUCCUUCGUCCACAAGUCCGAAUGAUAUCUUACGCGGUAGCGAGAGACGGUCUACCUCAUGAUUGUUAUUUCUUUCCUAAAUUAAUCUACACUUUUCUCCCUUCUUUUACAUCGUCUUUCCCUCUCUUGUGUUCACCCCUAUUUUCUCCUCAACAGUGUUUUCUGUCUCUUUUCCUUUCUUCUAUUUUAUUUUCCCUUAAAGAUCUUGCUUGUUCCCGGGUACGGUAUGAUUCUUAUUCUUUUUAUUCUUAUCUACGGUACAAACACACGCCUUCACACAACCACGCACACUAACAUAACUCGGAUUAUUUUAUGAUAUAUAAGCUUUUUUCCCUUCUUUUUGCACCUUUUUUUGUUUACACUCGCAAAAUCAAAUAUAUAAGUUAAUCGCCAAGGGCCUUUCCAUCCCAUCCCUUCUCCCCCUCUCCCCUACCGCUAUCACCGCACCUCCAUCCUCAACUUAAAUCUUAAAGUAUUCUGUCGGGGAAAUGGAUGUGAUGUUGAAAGAGUUGAGCGACUUAUUUUUUGCUUUGCAUGUGCCUUUGAUUUUUUUUUGGAUUUUUAAGUGUGUUUGUUUUUCUUCCGUCCUUUUCUUCUUCUUCUCUUUGCUAUUUCUGUCUCUCCCUUUCGCUUUUUCCUCUCUCUAUCCUUGCUUUUAUGAUUUUCCUGUUAUAUUCUUCAUGGCAACGUCUUGAUUUUUUUUUUCUUUUUUUUUUUGCAUGUGUAAUCUCUAUUUUACUGUUUUUGCUGUUUUAACUUUUUUUCGCAACUCUUACACAUGCUUCGUCUGUGAUUAUUUUAUUUUAUUAUUAUUACUAUUCCUCUGUCUUCUCUCCUUUUUAUUUAAUAUAUAUAUAUAUAUAUAUAUAUAUUUCUAUAUAUAUUCAAUUCACUCUGAUAUAUGGAUAUAUGGACAGAUAUGACACUCCUGCGCGCGGGUCAUAGAUGCAUACACAUACGUGCACAGAGGCGUGAGCUCUAUGUCAACUAGGCUUGAAUUGAUUUUGAAUCUUUGAGUUGACGAUUUGGGUUUUGAUCAGGAUAAUACAGACGCCGGGAGGUAUACAGGAGAAGAGGAGGGGGGGGGGAAGUUAAGCUAUACGGACAGAUCCGAUCCGAUAGAAGAGAAGAGAAGAGCAUGGAAAGAAGACAGAACAAGUGUAUAUGUUCUCUCUAACAUAGUAAACGUUGCAUUUCGGC